AUGUCAUCUGCUGAAGUAUUUGAUGGAGCCAUUGGUAUUGAUUUGGGAACAACUUAUUCAUGUGUUGGUGUCUAUAUGGGAGAUAAUGUAGAAAUCAUUCCGAAUGAUCAAGGUAAUAGAACAACACCUUCCUAUGUUGCAUUCACUGAUGAAGAACGUUUAAUUGGUGAUGCUGCCAAGAAUCAAGUUGCAAUGAAUCCACACAAUACAGUAUUUGAUGCUAAACGUUUAAUUGGUAGAAAGUUUUCCGAUUCAACAGUUCAAGAUGAUAUGAAACAUUGGCCAUUCAAGGUCAUUACAAAGAGUGAUGAGAAACCAUACAUUCAAGUUGAAUACAAAGGAGAAUCACAUGUUUUCACACCAGAACAAAUCUCAUCCAUGGUCUUGACUAAAAUGAAGGAUAUUUCAGAACAAUAUUUGGGUAAACAAGUCAAGAAGGCAGUCAUUACAGUUCCUGCCUAUUUCAACGACUCACAAAGACAAGCAACCAAGGAUGCUGGUGCAAUUGCUGGUUUGGAAGUUUUGAGAAUUAUCAAUGAACCAACAGCUGCUGCCAUUGCUUAUGGUUUAAACAAGAAGGGUGAAAGAAAUGUUUUGAUUUUCGAUUUGGGUGGUGGUACUUUUGAUGUUUCAAUUUUGAAUAUUGAGGAUGGUGUUUUUGAAGUGAAAGCCACUGCUGGUGAUACUCACUUGGGAGGAGAAGAUUUUGAUAACUUGAUGGUUCAAUUCUGCUGUCAAGAAUUUAAGAGAAAGUACAAGAAGGAUAUUCAAGAAAAUCCAAGAGCAUUAAGAAGAUUGAGAACUGCCUGUGAAAGAGCCAAGAGAAAUUUAUCAUCAGCUGCCAAUGCUUCAAUUAAUGUUGAUUCAAUUAUGGACGGAAUUGAUUUGGAUAUUUCAAUGACUCGUGCUAAAUUUGAACAAUUGAAUAUGGACUUGUUUAAGAAGUGUUUCGAACCAGUCAAGAAGGUUUUACAAGAUUCAGGAUUGGAUAAGGCACAAAUUGAUGAUGUUGUUCUUGUUGGUGGUUCAACUCGUAUUCCAAAAGUUCAAGAAAUGCUCAGAGAAUUCUUCAAUGGAAAAGAAUUGUGCAGAUCAAUUAAUCCAGAUGAAGCUGUAGCUUAUGGUGCUGCAGUUCAAGGCGGUGUUUUAACUGGUAAGGAAACCAAAGUCUUAUUAAUCGAUGUUACUCCACUUUCAUUGGGUAUAGAAACAGCUGGUGGUGUCAUGACCAAAUUGAUUGAAAGAAAUUCAACCAUUCCAUGUAAGAAAUCUGAAAUCUUCUCAACCUAUGCUGAUAAUCAAACAGCAGUCACUAUUCAAGUCUUUGAAGGAGAAAGAACCUUGACAAAGGAUAAUCACUUGUUGGGAAGAUUUAACUUGGAAGGUAUUCCACCAGCACCAAGAGGUGUUCCAAAGAUUGAAGUCACAUUUGAAAUUGAUUCUAAUGGUAUUAUGAAAGUUUCUGCCAAGGAUACUUCAUCUGGUAAGACACAAAACAUUACCAUCAAGAAUGAACAAGGACGUUUGAGUAAGGAAGAAAUUGAAGAAAUGGUCAAGAAGGCCAAGGAAAUGGAACAAUUUGAUAAGGAAUUGAAAGAAAAGAUUGAUGCCAAGAAUCAAUUAGAGGCCUACGCCUAUCAAAUGAAAUCCACUGCUGAUGAUCCAAACUUGUCUGGUAAAUUAUCAGAUGCUGAUAAGAAUACCAUCAAGAAGACAUGUGAGGAAGUUAUUAAUUGGUUAGAUAAUAAUUCUACCUAUUCAAAGGAUGAUAUUGAAAAGAGAAGAAAAGAAUUGGAAGGUAAAUGUGCACCAAUUAUUAGCAAGUUGUAUCAACAAGGAGCUGGUCAACCAGAAUUUACACCAAAUGGUGCAAACUUUACCUCAGAUAAUACUUCCAGUAAUUCAAGCAACACAACAUCAAAGCCAAAGUUUGAAGAUGUUGAUGUCGAUUAA